UAUUUUGUUGUCUUGAGAGAGUAAUAACGCCAAUAAUAAUAAUAAACAGACGUUUCUAUGCUAAAAUUAAUUUCUAACUGCAUGAGGUGAAGAUUAGUACGACUCAAAUUUGCAAAUAAACUAUUUCUUGGCAACCACAGUAACAAUUUCAUUUAAAAAAAUCAAAGACAAACAAAAGGAAUGAUUAUAACAAUAAAAGAAACCGUCACUAACAACAACAAAAACAACAACUACAUCAUUAGCAAAAUCGCCAGCACCGACAUAAAAGAAGCAAGGUGAACAACUACAACGGCGAAGCUACCACCACCACCACCACCGCUAUUACCAUCUCCACCAUCACUACCACUGUACCAUUCGACCACCACCACCACUAUCACAAAGCAACAACUAAGACGGUGAAGGACUGACACCAGGCAUAGAAUUUGUACAAAGUCGCUCGUUCUGCUAGAAACAGCAGUCAAACUCCUCCUAACUCGUACUUUGGUCUUUAAAAUGCGAAGGACACAUUAAACAGUGUUAGACGUAGAUAACCCCUCCACCCCCCAAAAAAAACAGACGAAACGGUCAGGGGGAGGAAUACUUGUGAUUUACAAGUUUACUCAAUCAUGGUCAGCCUAGGGCUAAACAACAACAACAACGGACUAUCGGUCACGUGGUUCGCCAUCGUCUUGUCUACCUUUUUUGUAGUGAGAGUUCCACAGUGAAGAUGGCGAGCCGUGGCAAUGUGGAUGUAAAUGAAAGACGUUUGCGAACCAUUUACGAAUGUUUGGAUCUUGGCAACAACAAGAAGGCAGUACAAGAAGCUGAUAAGCUGCUCAAAAAACAGAGAGAUAACCAAUGUGCAAAGGUAUUAAAGGCACUGGCACUGCUCCAUCUUGGCCGGGAUGAUGAAAGUUCCUGUAUAUUACAAGAAGUUCACUCUCUGCAGCCGACAGACGAAGCCACACUUCAAGGCAUGUUGAUUUGUUACCGAGAGACUCACCAAUUUGAUCUGAUUGCCAACAUGUACGAGAACGCAUACAAAGCCCGGCCAGACAGUGAAGAGAUUCUAUCAGCCCUGUUCAUGUCUUACGUCCGACUAGGAUAUUACAAAAAACAGCAUCAAACAGCAAUGCUCCUUCACAAGUUGAAACCCACCAAGAACCCUUAUUACUUCUGGGCAGUGAUGAGUAUUGUCAUGCAGGCCCACACAGCUGAAGACAGACAACAGGCCAAGUCACUCUAUCUUCCUCUGGCAGAACGGAUGACUUUAAAGUAUAUCAAAGAAGACAAAAUUGAAGCUGAAGCAGAGAUUCACCUUUAUCUGAUUAUAUUGAAAGAAUUGGAGAAGUGGCAGGAAGCUAUAGAUUUGUUGCAGGGACCACUUGGAGAAAAAUUCACCAGUGAGAUUGAUUUUCGGAAAAAGGAAAUUGCAAGUUUGUAUUGUAAAUUAAAAGAAUGGUCAAAAGCCAACGUAGCCUACCAAGCCUUGUUACAAGAAAACCCAGAUGAUUGGAGCUUUUGGAGUCAGUAUUUAACAUGUGUCACAGAACUCGUCAAGUGUAAAAAAGACAGCAACGAAGAAGAACACAGUGAGUCGUCUGCUCAUUGCACAAUAGAGAAAGCCGUCGCGUUUAUUGAGAAACUUGCUGAUGAAAAUCGAGAGAUUGAACGGCCUCUCAGAGGUCCCUACCUCGCUCGCUUACAUCUCCUCAAGAUGUUUUACAAUGAUAACAACGAUUACUCAGAUAUUAUUGGUAAACCAGCAGACUUACUGAAGCAGUAUUUUAGUAUGUUCGGUGAUAAGGCGCGAUGUUUCGGUGACAUGCGUGACUAUAUAACAAUGUUGGGUGAUAAGGACAAAAGUCAGUUUUUGACUUCAAUCAACGAAGAUUUACGUUUAAACAUGGGUGAUAACUCACAGGAAUAUCCUCAAACUGUGAAAGCAAUGCAACAACAUAUGACCUGUCUACGUCUAGAGCGGAGUCUAGGUAACUAUGAACACAUGCCGACCGAAGACAGGAUGUCACAGGUGAAAGAUCUCCUCAAAUUUUAUAAACAUGGUCUCACACUCGGUAAAGAUCUUCUUGCCACUGAUAUUCAGUACGCAGACACCUACCUUCUUCUUGCAAUGCAUCUGUUGUUGGACAUUUAUAACCAAACAGGUGAUACAGGUGUGUUAUGGCAGAUCAUAGCUCAGCUGGAGAAAGGACUCAAGAAUUCCCCCUCAAAUUUCCAAAUCAAAUUACUCUUGAUACGACUUUAUUGUACGGUUGGUGCAUUUGGUCCCUGUACAGAUAUUUAUGAUAGCAUGGAGGCUAAACAUAUAAUUAACGAUACUUUAGGUUAUGUUGUUGCCAACCAUGUUAAUCGGUUGGGGCAUUUCCUCUCGGCACACAUGAUGUACAACACCAUGCUUCGAUUCUUCUCUGUCAACCAUAAAGAGAUCACCGAAUACCUCAUCCCUUCGUAUAAGUAUGGAACGUUUAUUAAGAUCCACGAGUUUGUCCAGUUCCGAGAGCGACUUCAGAAUUCCUUGCAGUACGCUUCAGCCAUCGAAGAGAGUUUGUUAUUAGACUUGGUGCUGGAGACCUGCAACCACAACAGUACAGAAAUGAUGUUAACGAAUAUGGCAAUUGAUCCAGACGUUGAUCGGACGAAAGGAGAGAAAGAUUUACAGGACAACAGAGAUUUCACGUUACUUAGUAAUUGGGACCCUCCAGAUGGACAGACAUUGAAAGAACUACAAGAGAGGUCUUUUAUGGAGGAGAAAGCCUGGCUGAAAUUACACAGUUACCUGCUGCGUACGUUGAUAGCAGCGAUCUACUUGGGUCGUCAGCCUGACAGUAGUGCUACUACUACACAGAAUGGUACCAGUGCUGUUAGUAAGAGACCAAUGGUGCAUGUUUUGAGAGACCUUAAGCAAUUAUUUCAACAACAUGUCGUCGACUGUAAACAUUACAAACUCCCCAUCAAGUACACCAUCCAUGGACCCUAUCCAACACGGAUAUCUUCGUAUCUCCUACAAAACCAUCACCAAGUAUUCCUGCUAAUGGUCGAGCAUGUUCUUUAUAUUCACCUCUUGUACGAGAACGGUUUCGACAAAGCAGAUGAAGAGGAAGAAAAACGAAUUCAGACAACUGUAGUAUCUCUCGUUGAUGGUCUGGUGUCUAAGCACAAAUGUAGUUUAAUCAGUGAAGAGAAUGGUAAGAAAACAUGGAACCUUACUUUACUGGAAAAUCUUGUGCUUUUAGCUGAGACCAUCUCACAUAUUACCAUUCUGGCAGCUGUCUGCCAUCGUAUAUUGAAACCCAUGAAGACAUCUUGGGUGAAGAAGAACAAAAAGAAGAAAGAAUUAAAUAUACCCCAGCCAAAAACCUUUGAAAAUUUCAACAACCUAACAGCAAGUUUGGAAAAGUCAACGCACGAACUCCAUAAAGCUGUCACAGAUAUUAAUCCAGUGUUUAAGUUAUUGAAUUUACAUCAUCUCAACUUGACUGAGAGUAUCUCUUCGGAAGAGGAGGAUGUUGCCAUGGAGAUGAUGAUGUGGAAGAGAGUUGAAGAGAGCUAUCAACAGUCUGCUCACCAAGUCACGGACCUUUUACAUCACAAGCUGGAGUACCUCAGUUCUCUGCAUCUCUGAAUACCCCCACCACCACCUCCAGCCAAACACCACCACCACCACCUCCUUCCUCUACAAUUGCCAUCACCACCACCACUUCAGGUAGCAGUUGCCAUGCAGUGGAGAGAACCACAUCCCCUCUGCCCCACCCAGCUCGCUCUCUGAUUGUAUCUCCUCACACCCUCACUCUCAAACUACCACCACCACCACCACCCCUACCACUAUUCUGUCCGCUCUGGCAGCAGCAGCAGCCGUGUGUGUGUGUGUGUGUGUGUGUGUGUGUGUGUGCAGUGGACCCUAAGGAUUGUUUGGAGUCUUGUUUCUCUUUUUAUUCCCCUCACCCCUCUCUCUCUCUUUCACCCUCUUCUGUCUCCCCCUCAUCCCUCUCACAUCCACUCACACACUGAUUCAGAAAUGGAUUUUUUUUUUCUUAUUUAACUUAAAUCUGCUGAAAAUGAUAGGUGGGGUGGUGGUAGUGAAGGGUGGGUGGGUUCGAUUUAAUGAGAGGAGGAGGGAUGGAGAAAAUCCCAGCAUGGCCAGUACUCUCGAUGGAGUUGAAGCAACUAAAGAACUGACUCCCUAACACACCCACCCCUCUUAUGUAAUUUCUAGAAAUCAAGACUGUCAGAUAAAUUGGAAGGUCAUGAGUUCAAAUUCUCUCUGCUGUUGUUUUUCUGGGCUCAGAAUUCUAUCAUCUCUUAACAACCCCUUUCUUUGACCGCAGGUUUAGGUCCACAUAUCAG